AUGGCUGAGAAUAGUACAAACGAGUUAAAACAAUGUAGCGAUUUCGUAGCGAUUGUUUACUGGACAUUACCUGCAAAGGGCUUUCAUUUUUAUACGAACAUAAUACUGAUCACAGUAAAUUUGUUAUCAGCACUUUUGGGAAGCAUUGGCAACGUCCUCGUGAUUUUGUCGUACUUGAAGAACUCCCAUUUGCGUACGUUAUCCAAUAUACCGCUUCUUUCAUUGGCAACCAGCGAUUUACUUGUUACAGCGGUAGUACAACCUCUCUAUGCAACCAAACUGGCAGUCAUAACUGUGUUUUGUGGAUCUUCAACAGGCUCGCAAGCCAUUUUUUUGGCGGAGUGUCGUUGCUCACAACUUCUUAAAGAAAUUUAUGGCAGUCACGAUUGCGUCUUGUGGACUGUUGUCAGACAAACGUCUUACUUUUUCGGCGGGGUAUCGUUGCUAACCGUGACGGUGAUGAGCUUAGAACGCUUCGUAACUUUGGCAUUUCCGUAUCGCUAUCAUCUCAUCCUGACAAAAGCGCGUAUCAAGAUCAUUCUUGGAAAUAUAUGGGGCAUUACACUUGCUGCGAGCCUCGAAGCUACACCGGGAUUUUCCUUGUGA